AUGCUGCCUGCUUAUCAUACCGCCAUGAUGGAUGUAGUCUUGGAUAUUGGACCUGAAAUGGAGCAGGCACCAGGAAACCGACCGAAUUACAUUUCUUUUCGGAUGCCAUCGUCUUCAGCAUCCCCAUUACCACCAUCCUAUGAGCAUCACGAACUGGAGCCUGCUCACUCUCCUCCAGAAUACAUCAACAAUGCAGAAUUAACAAUGCCCUCAUCCACAUCUCAGUCAAAUGUCAGAGAUGAGAGCAACACAAUAAAUGCACCUAUACGUUAA